CAUACCUACCUUAUCUUAUUUCCUCUAAUUAUAUUUGAUACUCUUUUGGACAAUUUCUAAGAAGGUUAUUAAAUUAUAGUCUUGAGUUAUGGAAGAACCAGAAGAUAUAUCAAACAUGGAUGCGGAACCAUUUAAUAUGGAGGCUUGUCGAAUUUGUUUGGCAACCGAUGUGAGGAUGUACAGCCUCAGUGAUCCAUACUUGGCAAGGUGCAUAAAAGAAAUAGGAUUAAACGAUGAAUCACCGCAAUGGUUGCCAAAAUUCAUCUGCUAUGAAUGUCGACCGACUUUGAUAAAAUGCAAUAAACUCAUUGAGAAUAGCAAAGUGGUUCAAGAUAUCCUAAGUGGAUUACACAGCAACUCUCAAGUGAUAACUAAAGAGAGAAUACAAGAACAGCACGGACUCUACAUAAACCUCCAAUCUUCGCUCAAAUGGUCUUUCUUACAAGAGCACUUAUACAUUACACAUGAUGACGCUCACAGUGCAUCGAAUGAUAAUACUACUUCUUCCAAAGUAAAAGUACCGUUGAGAAGGGUACGUCAUGACUCAAGUCAAAUAAGCCUGAAUGAGAUCCUGGCUCAGUGCGUUCCAAUGCGUCUCGUUUCACCAAUAAUUGAUUCGGGAUCCACGAGUCCACCAGAUGAGUCCCAAGAUGGUCAAACUUUGUCUGGAGAAAUAGCUGAUGAUAAAGAAAAUGAUGAGGCGGCCUUUGAGGAUGAAGUGUCUUUCGAGGAAAUAUAUUCAGACGAAGAGACAACUGCUGAUGAUCCGAACCCUGACUCUAAUGCUGAUGACUUGAUGUAUUUUGAUGUCAAUACGAAAGCUCGUCGUUCAAAGUCGUUCGUGGCUGACCAGAGCCCGCCAAUGUACGCAAAGAAACGGAUGGCACUCUCAGAUAUACAGAUACCUAAAUCUAGAAAGAAGAAGAAGAAGAAACAUAAGUCGAGGAAGGAGAAAGAAGAUGACGAUUGUGUAAAACGAACAUUCCGCAUUGAAGUAGUGAAAACAAGGGACCGAACUGAAAAGAAGUAUACCUGCAAAUAUUGUACCAAAACAUACUGUUACGGUUAUGAAGCAAAGGACCACUACCUUCUCGGUUGUCCACAACGCCACAGUCCUAGGUCAUCGACUGCGAGCUCCGGCGUGAAGACUUGGCAAGAGUGGACGGGAAGCUCUUAGCGUUAGAUAUUAAAAUUUUACAACGGUUGAGCAAAGUGUUGAGUGACAAGAGUUUACUCGCUAGUGACGCCACCUAGUAAGCGCAAAAAUGACAAAAGCUUAAAUUAGACUUAGCGCUAGUGCUAUAUAAUAGGCUUAGUGCCGAUUUUUCCAACGCCAGAUAAAUUGUAACUGAGGAAUAACUGUGAAUAAGUAUUUGAUAAUUAUGCCAUUCUAAAAAGAAUUAAGAAUUACUUAACUGAUGAUGGAAAAAUCGGGCCUAAGACCAAAUUCUAUAUUAUUCAUAUCAGUAAAUAAUGUAGAAAAAUUUUUAGCCUUUUCAAAUGUAAUUAUGGAAAGAUCUCACAUUUAAAAGUGUAAAUAAAAUAGUCUCCAUUUUAAAUUAGGAAAUUAAUUUCAACUUUGGUCUUAAGUAAAUAUUCAUAUUGUGAUUUCUAAAAUCUGUAUGUUAUUUAACUACACACAGGUAUCUGUCUGUCUUCUACUAUUUUCAAAUCGAACAAAGUAACAAGAUUUCUUUAUAAAAAAAGUGAAUAUUGUGUCCUUCAAUUAUUAAUAUAGCUUUACGUUUUAUUCUUGUGUAGUUUCCAUCUUGUCCUAUUGAUUUCGAGCUCGACCGUAAUUUGCACGCAGUUUUGAGGCCUUGUACGAGUUUUUUUACCUGUAAAGUAACCGUAACGAGUACGCGUUCGGCGCUCUGAUUGGUUGGUUCAUUGGCGCCGGCCAAUCAGAGUGCCGAACGCGUACUCGUUUCGAAACUAGUCAGUACAGAGGCCAUAGUACGAACUAGUCUGAAGUUAGUAGGUAUUAUAACAGAUUACGUGUCUUUUUAAAAAUAAAAAGGAAUCAUUGUGCGUAAAUAUAAAAAAAAACUUGAAAUACUUCUUACUUACUAAAAAACUAAUAAAAUUUGAGUCUGAGUGACCUCAUUGGUA